GUCGACGAAACGCUCCUCGCUUUAUCCCCCAUCGGCCUUCUUCACAAUCGCAAUUCAACUACGGGAUUGUGGAGUUGGGUACCCAAAUUGCCAAACUCCUUCGAUAGUGGCGAGGAUUGUUCGGUGACGUGAGUUGCAGCAGCGCAUCACCAUGGCGGCCACCUGUGGAACUGCUCUGUCGGGCGCAAGAUUGGACUCCAAGUUGGGGUCGUCAUUUCGUCCUCUUACCACUGGGCCCUCCUCCUCAUCGUCGUGUGGAAUCAACAAUGGCGCGUUCCGAGCUGUGGAAGUGCGGAUCCAAUCAAUGCCCGUGCGCAAGUCCCUGCAGGUCGUCGCCAUGGCGCCACCCAAGCCCGGGAAGGCGAAGAAAGUGGUUGGUCUUGUGAAGCUCGCCUUGGAGGCUGGAAAGGCCACCCCCGCGCCACCCGUAGGUCCAGCUCUUGGUUCCAAGGGUGUCAACAUUAUGGCUUUCUGCAAGGAAUAUAAUGCCAAGACUGCUGACAAGCCUGGCUAUAUCAUCCCCGUCGAGAUCACAGUUUACGAUGAUAGGAGUUUCACUUUCAUCUUGAAGACACCCCCUGCCUCUGUCCUUCUCCUGAAAGCAGCAGGUGCUGAGAAAGGAUCUACCGAUCCGCAAAAGGUGAAGGUCGGAAAGGUCACCAUCGAUCAACUCAAGACUAUUGCACAAGAGAAGCUUCCUGAUCUGAAUUGCACAACAAUUGAGUCUGCCAUGAGGAUUGUUGCUGGAACAGCAGCCAACAUGGGAAUCGACGUCGACCCUCCUCUUCUCGAGAAGAAGAAGAAAGUGUUGUUCUAAGAAGUUGCUACUGUAGCUCCACCUUCUCGCCAUUUAAGAGGUCAGCCAUUUUGAUUAGGCUUAUUAGCUCACUUCGACGUUUGUACAAUGAGUUGUUUGAGGUGUUCGAUCCAUCCACCUGCGAUGUCAAUUCAAUAGAGUCUGAUCAAUCAUUCCUGCCCUUUAAAACCAUCAA